AUGCCUUCGGCAGCACCAGCGAGCCACGCCAGCCCUUCUCAACUCCCUAGCCCUCCGACCAUCACUCUCAAUGCCCGUGAAGAGCAGCUCAAAAAUCUGCUCCUAGAGGCAGCCAAGUACAUGGACAAUCGCGACCUGAACCAGGCUGGAGAUGGACAUUCUACGCAACCACGCCGCGACCCUCUGGUACUCCGCUGGGCUGGUGGCUGGGUGCGCGACAAGCUGCUAGGCAUUACGUCCCACGACAUCGACACGGCCAUCAACUCGAUGACGGGCGAGGCUUUUGUGGAUGGGCUCCGUGACUACUGUGACGAUCCAGCCAACAAGGCGAAGCACGGUCUGCACGACGAUGACAUAGGCCGCUUGCAUACCGUGCCGCGCAACCCGGACAAGAGCAAGCACUUGGCUACCAGCACGAUCAAAUUGUGCGGGCUGGAUGUAGACUUUGUGAACCUGCGCAAGGAGACGUAUGCGGAUGAUAGCAGAAACCCCGAAGUCGAGUUUGGGACAGCAGAGGAGGAUGCUUUAAGGCGCGAUGCCACAAUCAAUGCCCUUUUUUACAACCUGAACACGGGAAAAAUCGAAGAUUUCACCGGAGGGGUAGCAGACUUGCAAGCUGGAUUGAUCCGCACGCCAAUGGAACCGUUGCAAACGUUCCUGGAUGAUCCUCUGCGUGUACUGAGACUGGUACGAUUUGCCAGCCGGUUUGGAUUCCGCAUCGAUGAGGCAGCUGAGAGUGUUAUGGGGGACGAGAGGGUAUUGGAGAAUCUCAAAAUCAAAAUCAGCCGGGAGAGAAUUGGCGUUGAGCUGGAAAAGAUGAUGAAAGACGCAAAUGCUGUCGCAGCCCUCAGGUUUAUUGACCGUCUCGGCCUCUACCACGCAGUCUUCACUGACCCCAAUCGGUCCAACAUGCCGCGUCCCGAGCUUCAUGCCUGGCAGGCCGCAUACAACUGUCUUGACUUCCUUGAGCGCAACAAUACCCCAGGUUCCAUCUAUGCCCUGCUCGUCACGUCCGAGGAAGCCCGUUACAUCGCUUGGACACUUGCAACCUUGACCCCUUUCGAACAACUUCCGGAUGACCCGCCUCUCAGGAGCGGGCGCCCUGCUCCUCCGCUACUGACACAGGCCGCCCGUGAGGGCUUCAAGGCGCCGAACAAGCUGUGCAGCAUCAUUACGGCUGCACACACCCAUCGCCUUGCGAUUCUAAAGUUGAAGGAUCUGGUGAAGACCCAGGGCAAUGGCGUCCGCGAGCGAGACCGUUUCGGCAUGGCCAUUCGUGAAUGGGAUACCCGCGGCGGAGGGGGUAACUGGCGACUUCAGGUGCUGUAUGCGCUGCUGGUUGAUGUUGCUGAGCGCGUGGGUGGCCAGGCAGUUGUCUGUGGAGAGAGGCCUGAAUCCCAGGAAAUGGAAGAUGUAUUGAGAGAAUGGCAGGCGUUCUUGGACCAUCUGAUCGACCUGGAUGUCAUGGACGCGCCCUCGAUUAAAAGGCUGGUUGAUGGGAACAUGUUGACCAAGGCGCUGGGGGUGAGACCCGGCAGGUGGAUGGGUGCGGCCCUGGAUGUUGCGUUAGCAUGGCAGCUCAGAAACCCGGGGGUCACAAAUCCAUCUGGCGCUAUUGAGGAGGUCAUAAAGAAGAGAGACGAGCUGGGUAUCAACUGA